AAUCUGAAUAAAAUAGUUCUACUGUAUAUUGUAGGCAUACUAUAAGACACUUAAUAAAGUGUUUAUGUUUCACAUUCUACACUGUUAGAAGCUAUACCAGUCUGGAACAUCUAUCAUCAAUAAUAAAUAUAUAGUGUAUUUAUGUAUACAAACAUCUUUAAAUAACUAACAGUUAAAGCUGUAUGAUGAUGGCCUGUAAUUAUUUAAUAGUUACAUAUGUCAGAAGGACAAAUCCAGAACAUAGAAAAGUUGCUGUGUGCAGUUACCUGUUGCUUCAGUUGUAUAAUUGUACCCCUCCUUCUGCAGGCACUCCUCCCAAAACGAGCGGCGACAAUGAACUGGAGCUUUCUCCGAGAUAUCCUGAGUGGAGUGAACAAGUACUCCACGGUGAUCGGGAGGAUCUGGCUGUCCGUGGUCUUCAUAUUCCGCAUCCUGAUCUACGUGGCAGCGGCGGAGCACGUGUGGAAGGACGAGCAGAGUGGCUUUGUGUGCAACAUCAAACAGCCAGGCUGCGAGAACGUGUGCUUUGACUACUUCUUUCCCAUCUCCCAAAUCAGGCUGUGGGCCUUGCAGCUCAUCAUGGUUUCCACCCCGUCUCUUUUGGUUGUGCUUCAUGUGGCGUACCGUCAACACAGGGAGCACACGCACAGGAAGAAGCUGUAUGUGGAUACAGGGACGAUGGAUGGGGGUCUUUGGUGUACCUAUCUCGUCAGCCUCCUGUUCAAGACGUUCUUUGAGGUGGGCUCCCUGCUGGCAUUUUACUAUCUUUACAGUGGCUUUACUGUGCCUCAGCUGCUCCAGUGUACAAUGAGCCCUUGCCCCAAUACAGUCGACUGCUACGUUUCCCGGGCAACCGAGAAAAUGAUCUUCCUUUACAUCAUGGGCUCCACUUCCAUCUUGUGCAUCGCACUAAAUGUGUGCGAGAUGGUCUACCUUCUACUCCAGCAGUGCUGGAAAUGUUAUUUUAAGAGGUACGUCCCGGUCAUGGAGGAACACCAGUGCCACUGUGCAAAGCCCAGGCCUUUAAACAGCAGUGCAGCUGCAAUCCCUGUGCCCCUGAAGGUAGACUCCACAAACUCAAGCUUUCAUACAUUAUAGAGGAAAUCUUGCUCGUGUUUUAGUCUUCUAGUGGGUUUGCAUCUUUUAAAUUUGAACUUGACAUAUUUGAUAUCAGUAAUUUACUGUCCUCUAUGCUAAACCACACAACAGUGGAAACUCCCAAUGUUGAAACACUUUUUCAUCCAUUUAAAGUACCUUUCUUCUGUUAUCAGUAAACACAGGGCAGCAUUAACCUGCAAGACCAGGGUAUGUUUAGAUUGCUUUUUUCUCUCUCAUUUAAGGCUUCAAUUAUACAUGCAUUUCCUCGGUAUGGCAUGAUUUCCUGACAGCUAUAUAAAUAUUGUCUAAUGUAGUCAUAGUCUUGUCCGACUACCCUCCAUGACUUCUUUGAAGUUACUUCGAGGAUGGAUACAAACAGAUCACGUUUAUAAUACAUGCACGUGGAUAUAUAGCUGGUAAAACACAGGUAGCACUUGUAAGGGGAGUAGCUGCUAGAUCACAGCAGGUGCUCGUGGGUUACCACAGGGAUUGGAGCUGGAAACCUGCUCUUUCUAAUCUGCAUAAUAAAUGACUCAGAAAGGGGGGUAAUCAGCAAGAUUGUAAAAGUUGCAAUUGACACAAAGCUGGUGGGAGUGUCCGACUCGUAUGCAGUGGCUCAGGAAAACCAACAGGAUUCAUGCUGCAUACAGAACUAUGUUAAAACAUGGCAAAUGUAAUGUUAAGAAGUGUUACCUUACCCAGCAGCAGCAUGUCCAAACCCCAUGAGAGCUCUAUGGAACUAGGAAUACAUCAAGAUUGGUUUCAGAAUACGUUUCUAUCUGCAGCUUCCUGAACUAGGGGGCAUAAAUGCAGGUUAAAGAAACUCAAUAGAAACUAUUGUUGGAUGUCAUUCAAGAAAUUUAAAGAAAAAAGGUGCAAACUAGAUAGGAUUGUUCAGGAAACUCUGGGUUUUGCUCUAAAAAAAGCACAUACAUACUUAACAUACAAAUACAUUUUAAAAUAAAAUAUAUACAUGUCUUAUAUUUAUUGGAUUGGUUUUAUAUAACUGUAUAUGUGAGUCUUGAUAGAUAGAUAGAUAGAUCUAGAUAGAUAUUGUACCAUAUUAAUUUUAUUUGCUUCUAAUUGUACCA